CUGUAAUCGUAGCCAAAGGAAUUUUAUUUAAAAUAUAGAAAAAGUGGAAUGGAAUGGAAACGACGCAGUUUGAUUGUAGAGAUGCACAUCAACAUGCGAGUCGGUCAUGGUAUUACUGAUCCAAUACUUAUAUAGGUUUUGGCUCCCAAGGUUGAAUUUCAGGACCUUUUUCUGUUUGUAUACUUGAGUAGGUUUUUUUGUUGGGGGCAACUGAAAUUCGUGAUGGAUAGCAACAAAGACGAGGCGUUGAGAUGUGUAAACAUUGCGAAAGAGGCAAUUGCAGCUGGUAAUAAGCAAAGAGCCGUGAAAUUUAUUGCAAUUGCUCGCCGCCUUAACCAGAGUUUAUCCGUGGAUGACCUCUUGGCCGCCUGUGAGGAUCUCGAUUCAUCUUCUUCUGCUGGUCCAUCUAGUAAUGUGAAGAAGGUUUCCACGAACGAUAAGGGUGCUGCUACUUCUGAUGGGAUUUCGAACGGGGAGAUGAAUUACACGGAGGAGCACGCCGCAUUGGUGAGGAAGAUCAAGACGAAGAAGGAUUACUACUCGAUUCUCGGGGUGGAGAAGAGUUGUUCGGUAGAGGAGAUUAGGAAGGCGUAUAGGAAGCUGUCUUUGAAAGUUCAUCCUGAUAAGAACAAGGCACCGGGUUCUGAGGAGGCUUUCAAGAAAGUUAGCAAGGCGUUUAAGUGCUUGAGUGAGGAUGAGUCGAGGAGGCAGUAUGAUCAGACGGGUUUGGUGGAUGAGUUUGAGCAUAAUCAGCAGUAUCAGGCUAGGAGGAGGCGGAGGAGAACAGGAAACGACUUCUUUGACGAUGAAAUUGAUCCUGAUGAGAUAUUCAGAGCGUUUUUUGGUCAACGUGACGCCUUCAGGAAUGCUCACGUGUACAGGACUAGAGCGCGUACUGCUGCUGCACAUCAGAGGGAAGAUUUGGGUAACACGGGCCCUAAUCUUAUGCUUCUUCUCCAGUUGCUGCCGUUUUUGAUAAUCGUUCUGCUUGCUUACCUUCCAUUCUCGGAGCCUGACUACUCGUUGCAGAAGAACUAUUCUUACCAGUUUAAAAAGAUGACAGAGAAACAUGGAGUAGAGUUCUUUGUCAAGUCAACUGAAUUCGAUAAGACCUAUCCAGCUGGAACCCCUGGUCGGCAUGAAAUUGAGAAUAACGUGAUUAAGGAUUACAAGCAUAUGCUUGGACGUUACUGUCACAUGGAAAUGCAGAGGCGUCACUGGAAUAGGCACUUCCCGACUCCUCAUUGCGAUAGGCUUCAAAAUUUUGCCGCAUGAAGAUCCUCCAAGUUGAUGACCUCCCAGUUGGAGAUUCACGCAUUGUCACAUGGAAUGAUGGAAAUCCCUUGCUGGUAGUAGAGCUUGAAAGAGGCUUUCUUCCUCUCGUUUCUAAUUCGAGUUCUUAGGCAUGAGCUCAUUGUUGCCAUUGGAUUUGAACGAGGGUUUUUGUCCGAGGAAGGUCUUUUUGCAAAGGAUCCAUGCGAUAGUUAGUAAUCAAUUCGUUUAUGUAUAUCAACAUUGCCACACACUGAGAUUUAAGCCAAUAAUAAGGUGAGGGUUGAGAGCUUUUUGUUA